AUGGAAAAGGUCAAUUUCAAAAUCUUGAGAAAUUGGAAUUUUUUAUUUCAAAAACCUUGUAAAACAAAAAAAACUUUCCACAUCCCUAUCUCCACACCACCACAUCCCCACAUCCCUACAUCCCCACAUUUCCACAUCCCCAUCUCCACACCACCACAUCCCCACAUCCCUACAUUCCCACAUUUCCACAUCCCCAUCUCCACACCACCACAUCCCCACAUCCCCACAUCCCCACAUCCCCGCAUCUCCACAUCCCCACAUCCCCGCAUCCCCACAUCCCUACAUCCCCACAUUUCCACAUACCCAUCUCCACACCACUACAUCCCUACAUCCCCACAUUUCCACAUCCCCAUAUCCCCAUCUCCACAUCCCCACAUCCCCACAUCCCCAUAUCCCCAUCUCCACAUCCCCACAUCCCCACAUCCCCGCAUCUCCACAUCCCCACAUCCCCGCAUUUCCACAUCCCCAUAUCCCCAUCUCCACAUCCCCACAUCCCCACAUCCCCACAUCCCCCGCAUCCCCACAUCCCUACAUCUCCACAUUUCCACAUCCCCAUAUCCCCAUCUCCACAUCCCCACAUCCCCACAUCCCCGCAUCCCCACAUUUCCACAUCCCCAUCUCCACACCACCACAUCCCCACAUCCCUACAUCCCCGCAUCCCCACAUUUCCACAUCCCCAUCUCCACACCACCACAUCCCCACAUCCCUACAUCCCCACAUUUCCACAUCCCCAUCUCCACACCACCACAUCCCCACAUCCCUACAUCCCCACAUUUCCACAUCCCCAUCCCCACAUCUCCACAUCCCCACAUCCCCACAUCCCCACAUCCCCACAUUUCCACAUCCCCACAUCCCCACAUCCCCGCAUCUCCACAUCCCCACAUCCCCACAUCCCCGCAUCUCCACAUCCCUACAUCCCCACAUUUCCACAUCCCCAUAUUCCCAUCUCCACAUCCCCACAUCCCCACAUCCCCAUAUCCCCAUCUCCACAUCCCCACAUCCCCACAUCCCCGCAUCCCCACAUCCCUACAUCCCCACAUUUCCACAUACCCAUCUCCACACCACCACAUCCCCACAUCCCUACGUCCCCACGUUUCCACAUCCCCAUCCCCACAUCUCCACGUCCCCACGUCCCCACAUCCCCACGUUUCCACAUCCCCCACAUCCCCACAUCCCCGCAUCUCCACGUCCCCACAUCCCCACGUCCCCGCAUCUCCACGUCCCUACAUCCCCACGUUUCCACAUCCCCAUAUUCCCAUCUCCACAUCCCCACGUCCCCACGUCCCCAUAUCCCCAUCUCCACAUCCCCACAUCCCCACAUCCCCGCAUCCCCACAUCCCUACAUCCCCACGUUUCCACAUGCCCGUCUCCACACCACUACGUCCCUACGUCCCCACAUUUCCACGUCCCCAUCCCCACAUUUCCACAUCCCCCAUCCCCACGUCUCCACAUCCCCACAUCCCCACAUUUCCACAUCCCCACAUCCCCACAUCCCCGCAUCUCCACGUCCCCACAUCCCCACAUCCCCGCAUCUCCACGUCCCUACGUCCCCACAUUUCCACAUCCCCAUAUUCCCAUCUCCACAUCCCCACGUCCCCACAUCCCCAUAUCCCCAUCUCCACGUCCCCACAUCCCCACAUCCCCGCAUCCCCACAUCCCUACAUCCCCACAUUUCCACAUACCCAUCUCCACACCACUACAUCCCUACAUCCCCACAUUUCCACAUCCCCAUCCCCACAUUUCCACAUCCCCAUCCCCACAUCUCCACAUCCCCACAUCCCUACAUCCCCACAUUUCCACAUCCCCAUCUCCACACCACCACAUCCCCACAUCCCUACAUCCCCACAUUUCCACAUACCCAUCACCACACCACUACAUCCCUACAUCCCCACAUUUCCACAUCCCCAUAUCCCCAUCUCCACAUCUCCACAUCCCCACAUCCCCACAUCCCCAUAUCCCCAUCUCCACAUCCCCACAUCCCCACAUCCCCGCAUCCCCACAUCCCUACAUCCCCACAUUUCCACAUACCCAUCUCCACACCACUACAUCUCCACAUCCCCGCAUCCCCACAUCCCUACAUCCCCACAUUUCCACAUCCCCAUAUCCCCAUCUCCACAUCCCCACAUCCCCACAUCCCCACAUCCCCACAUUUCCACAUCGCCAUCCCCACAUCUCCACAUCCCCACAUCCCUACAUCCCCACAUUUCCACAUCCCCAUCUCCACACCACCACAUCCCCACAUCCCUACAUCCCCACAUUUCCACAUCCCCAUCCCCACAUCUCCACAUCCCCACAUCCCUACAUCCCCACAUUUCCACAUCCCCAUCCCCACAUCUCCACAUCCCCACAUCCCUACAUCCCCACAUUUCCACAUCCCCAUCUCCACACCACCACAUCCCCACAUUUCCACAUCCCUACAUCCCCACAUCCCCAUAUCCCCAUCUCCACAUCCCCACAUCCCCAUAUCCUCAUCCCAAUCCUCACAUCCCGACAUGUCCACAUCCUCACAUCCUCAUCCCCACAUCCCUACAUCCCCACAUUUCCACAUCCCCAUCCCCACAUCUCCACAUCCCCACAUCCCUACAUCCCCACAUUUCCACAUCCCCAUAUCCCCAUCUCCACACCACCACAUCCCCACAUUUCCACAUCCCCACAUCCCUACAUCCCCACAUCCCCAUAUCCCCAUCUCCACAUCCCCACAUCUCCACAUCCCCAAAUCCCCAUAUCCUCAUCCCAAUCCUCACAUCCCGACAUGUCCACAUCCUCACAUCCUCAUCCCCACAUCCCUAUCUCCACAUCCCUACAUCUUCACAUCUCCACAUUACCACAUCCCCAAAUCUUCAACCCCACAUUCCCAUCCCCAAAUCCCCAUCCCUAAUCCUCACCGUAAUCUCCACAUCCUUAUCCCCACAUUUUCAUUCUCACAUUCCUAUCCCGAGCCUCUAUUCUUCAUUACCCAUUAUUUAA